GCAGAGGUGUGAUGGUGCAGGGAACGCCAUGCCUGACCAAGUGUAUCGUGGUGCUCUCCUGCAUGUCCUGUGUGCUGUCCGCCGCCCUGCAGAACACUCAACCAGAUGAAAGCGUGAGUUAUGUGGAGAAGCGCGCAGCGAGGGACCCGAUGUUACGGUACCUGCUGGUGGCCAUGGCGCAACCCGGCCCGCGCUACGCCGCCCCGCAGAUUCUGAGCCGUGGAGUGAGACGAAUCGGGUCGGAAUUCUUGGGCAAAAGGUCCGUCGCUGUGUCUGGGCCCGAGAAGACGUGUGAGCCGGACCCCUGCGUCACCGAGGAGGGCCAAGACCACGCUGACGACCUGAAGAAGGAGCAGAUGAGCUUCACUGGUCAAUAUAAUGAACAGAAUGACGCCGGAGACCUUCACGAUGCGCCGGACAAAAGGGCUCUAGGAGAUUUAUCACGCAGCCGCCUCGCCCGCUACUUCUCCCUCCUCCUCAACAAGAAAAUGGGGUCAGAGUUCUUGGGUAAACGAGCAAUGGGGUCAGAAUUCUUGGGUAAGCGCGCGGUGGGCUCAGAAUUUUUAGGAAAGCGUGCAAUGGGGUCUGAAUUCCUGGGUAAGCGAGCAAUGGGGUCUGAAUUCUUGGGUAAGCGCGCGAUGGGUUCAGAAUUCUUGGGAAAAAGGGCAAUGGGUUCCGAGUUUUUAGGUAAGCGAGCGAUGGGUUCAGAAUUUUUAGGGAAGCGUGCAAUGGGCUCAGAAUUCUUGGGAAAACGUGCGAUGGGUUCAGAAUUCCUCGGGAAAAGGGCAAUGGGCUCUGAGUUUCUAGGGAAGAGAGCGAUGGGUUCAGAGUUCCUUGGCAAGAGAGCAAUGGGUUCAGAAUUCUUGGGUAAGCGCGCUAUGGGAUCAGAGUUUUUAGGUAAGAGGGCGAUGGGUUCAGAAUUCCUAGGGAAGAGAGCAAUGGGAUCAGAGUUCUUGGGUAAACGCGCUAUGGGGUCAGAAUUUUUGGGCAAGAGAGACCUGUGGAUGCAGGGACCGGAGCGAAGACCGGAGGAGCAGGCUGAGGAAGAGGAAGAGGAAGAAGAGAGAGAAGAGGUUCUGUCUGCCUAAGGCGGCCACGAGUCCGUUCCCUUCCCUGUUCCUGCGCCACAAUAGCAUGUGAUAUCUGUAGAGGACAUCAAGAGUCUGUGGGUCUGUGUCUGCGGCACCUCGCCCUUCCCUAGGGACCCGAGGCAGCCCUCCCCCCCACGCGAGGAGGAGUGGGGGUGAUGGUGCCUCGCACUACUACUACUACUACUACUACUACUACUACUACUACUACUACUACUACUACUACUACUACUACUACUGCUACUAUUAUUACUAUUGCUAACAACUACUCUACCGCUGCGAUACUGACUCUGCGGACACUGUACACAUCAUAAUGAGAGUAACGAUACAUAGUGAGCGGGACUGCAUGCGUGAAUAAAAUAACGAUAAUAAAUACAUGUAUAACAAAAUAUUAAUGUCAGAAAACAAAAACAUUAAGUGACACUAAGAAAUAAAAACGACGAAACAAAAUGGUACGAACUACACAUCUGAUAUCGUCUGAAGCUACUGCAAUGAUUCAUAUGGAAAUUAUAGAGUUGCUUUGCAGGAACAGUAUAAAGAAUGUGAAUAAAUCUCUGUGAGUUCAAAAAAUUCUCUGGUGGACUUGAGAAAAACGUUCCCUAUUGGCAGACUUGUGAGGGGCGACAGAGGGGAGACAAAGUGGAGACAAAGGAGUGGGCAUGAGGGGCUGAAGAGUGAGGGAGUGAGGGGGAGACGUGAAUCAACCGCAGUGCCGCGUGUAUGCAUUGUCUAGAAGAAAUUGUUUUUUUCAUAAUGAAUGAAGGUAGCACGGAAAGGAAAAGAUUUUCUGCUCCCUCACACACACACUCUCUGAUACACACUCACACACACACACACACACACACACACACACACACACACACACACACACACACACACACACACACACACACACACACACACACACACACAUUAAUUCUAAUUUAUUGAUAGAUGACUCAAACAUUAACGAUCUUCAUAUCAAUUAGAAAGCAAAAUUAGAAAAAAAAAAAAAUUCUGGACUAGAAUCAUCAAUUUGAGCCUAAACACUACACAAAUUAAUUACAUGUUUUCUUUUCAAAAUCGUUCGGCACGACACAACAUUCCCUCUGUCACCACUGCAGUGAACAAAGUGGACGGAGUAAAAUUUACAAAAUUUUGGAUGUUUAUAUAGACGAAAAUAUGAACUGGUAUCAACAGAUAUCUUUUGUCGUAAAAAAAUUACCAAGAAUAUGUGGAAAUCUAUAUAGAGUUGGCACUAAUCUUACUCCUGAAUCUGUCACUAGUUAUCCCCACCUGACAUAUUGGCACACCUUCAUCAAAACACUAACCAAAGCUCAAAACAAAAUAUUCAGAUGCAUCUUUUAUAUGAAUAGGAUUGAGUCAACACAAAACAUUAUAAAUGCAUAAAACGUUCCCACGUUCACAAAUAUUCAUAAGUAUUUUUUAUUGUUAAGCAUGUUGAAGUAUUCUACACAACAUUAUGGAGCUCAGGCGUUCACACUUGUACACACACCAUACAAUACUCGAGGCAAUGAUGUCAACCUGAUUAUGUCCACAGUUCAGAACAACUCUUUCUAUACAAAGUGCAUUACGUACCGGUCCCCAAACACGGAACGCUUUGCCUUUGCAUGUUAAUACACUCCUUCAUUAUGGUAACUUGUCAAUUCUCCAGAAACCGAUAAACACCUGUUUAUAUAAUUGCCACAUAUGUAACAUACUUUCUCUGAUGUCGCAGUGCAGUAUGUGGUAUGAAUUUCA